AUGAAGGUCAUCGCUAAGGAAGUUCAUGGACUUGGCCAACGCACACCGUUGUUCCACAUAUUCUCGGAGACAGAGCUCCCAUGCCCGUCGCUGGAAGACGGAGUUUUCCCGGAGUUUCCAGAGUGGGCCGUAGCGCCAGACGAGAUUCGGGAGUGCCACUCCGCUAGACCUCCUGAUGACUGCCCAGAAAAGCAAGCUGGCGGCGACUUUUGCUAUCCUCACCACACUGGCAUUUUCCGAGUACCCGGGGAGCCCAUCAUCUUCAACGUCGGCGGAAACGUUGUCCAGUCUCUUAUGUCCAUGAUUUCAGCCGAUGCGGUAGUAAUGGGAUGCAGUGCCUUUGGUCAACUGGCGGGAAUCUUGAGCAAGGGAAUCAAAUUGUUUUCUACAGGAUGCGAGGGAAACAUGACAUGGGAGCAGAACAAGAUGGCUCCUCUGUUUGCAAUCGCGGAGUUGGGAGAGUUGUGGGUCCCGCUAGAAGGGUCGUGGGCAGACCCCACGCUGACUAACGUAGGAAUCUUCAGGAAAGCUUUUGAGCUAUACGUCGAGCGAGAGGAACAACAGUAG